AUGGUUGAUAAAAAUUAUGAAUAUAUAAAAAGAUUAUCUGAAGCUAACAUUACAAUGCAAAAAGAAACAACUACUUUUGAUAAGGUAUAUGAAGGUUAUUGUAAUAAUUUAAAUAUAAGAGAUUUUAAUAAUAACGAUAUGCAAUAUAAAAAAAUAUGCCAUCAGGCUAUGUCAUAUAUAUAUCAUAUAAUUAGUAAAAAUAGAAAAAAUGAGCACGAUUCUGAAAGUAUUCAUUGUUUAUACUUGUAUCAUUGGCUAUAUCAUAAACUUAUGGAAAAAGGAAAAGGAAAUAUUAUCAAAAGUCUUUUUGAAAGAUUAUUAAAAAUAAAUGAAACAUUCCUAUAUCGCGGUCUUUUAUGCAAAGAUUAUAGGAACAGUAUUACUGAAUACGAAUUAAUCAAACUGUCACAUUUGUAUAAUGUAUAUAAGUGUAUUAAUACAGAAGAUGAUGAAAAACAUGAGCGUGAUCCUUUUUGUAAUACAAUAAGAAACUAUAUAGAUCAGCAUGAUAGAAAGAAGCAAACGGAAGCUAUAAGAACCAUUGAACCCAUAACACCAGCCAAACAGCGCCAACCUAAUAUUGCAAUUCCUAUUGUAAUUACUAUUGUUACAAUGAUAAUAAUAUUUCUAUUAUUAUUGGUUGUGCAUAAGUACACUCCAUAUGUUUUACAACUGUAUCGUGCAGUUAAAAGGAAACGAAAUAAAUGGAAUGAUAUAUAUGAAGAUGGUAAUAUAUUUCAAAAUUUAGUAACAUCCGAUGGAAUUUUAAGUAAUUCUAAAUACAAUAUAUUAUAUAAUUUAGAAUAA